CUCGCGCGGGGUAUGCUGGGAAGGAUCGCAGUCUCCAACCUGCCACCGUCUGCCAUAGACACAGCUGCCAGGGCCUAACCUCUGCUUACACUGUCACCAUAGGAAACUGAGUUGAGAAACACCGGAUAUGCAUCAAGAAUGGCUCCUCUGCCUGUGGGUGGUUGGUCUAUUAUCAACCAGGACUCAUGCCUGGGGAGAGCCCUACGACCGCCUCACGGAGGGGCUCCUUAGGCAGGUGAUGACACGUUUGGAUGCCGCUGGCCUUCCCGAAAUGCCCGAUGAAGAUAUGGGCACCGAUGACUUCGUCGAAAGGACACAGCACCGUACAGUGGCAGACGAAGACCUACUGGACCGUUAUCGCAAGGAGGGCGAUAUCCUUGGUGGUCCAUCUAUUCGUGACCAAGAGUACUUGCAGCACAGCUCCCUGUGGGGACAUCAAUAUGUUGCGGGUGGUGCAGGAGAGGGCGUGCAGCGGCUCAAGCCUGAUGGCAGCGCGAAGAACGUACAAGUUGUGAAGACAGAUGCUGUUCUUCCAGCAUACUGCAACCCGCCCAACCCAUGUCCAAAGGGAUACACAAGUGAAGAUGGAUGCCUAGAAGAGUUUGAGAACAGUGCCUCGUUCAGCCGCGAAUACCAGUCAGCGCAGGAUUGCAUGUGUGAUUCUGAGCACAUGUUCGACUGCCCAGGGGCAACGAGAGAAAACGAGAUUGACGCUCUGGCUCGAUCAAUCCACAACCAGGGCAUGGUCUCUUCAGACGCCCUCGGACGCAUCGUAGAUCACAUGGACGCGCAUAAGGCGUCUCCGGUGGAGGGACAACACAAGUCUGUUAUGGCCAAGAAGUUCUUUAGAAAAGAGGACCAUGAGCGUUUGCAGAAGCAGAGGCUCGAAAACGAAGCCAAGAGAUGGGCGCAAUCUAGCAGAUUUGAGCGUAAUCCAUACCUGCAAGGUGAAAAGUUGCCAGUCGUCGCCAAGAAAGCGCCAGUGGCGCCACGCCUUUGAUUUCCGUUUCGAAUUGUAACGCCACAUGUACGCGCACCAUUCUAUACUAUAUACUCGCUCGUUCGCACGUAAAAUAAAGUUAAUACUCGUUAAUACCUGG